CCGUCGACGUGAACGCACGCUUGUCGCGCUCGCAGCAUUGGACCUUUGAUUUUCCCAAGCCAGAGUCGCGCGUUCGUGAGCCGUGGGCCGCUUUGUUUGUCUCGUUUUGUGGCCAGCGAUUUGGCAACCGAUGCGAAUAAGCCAAGUUAGCAGCGACGCAACGCAACGCAGCUCGAAAACAGAAGACUCACACGAGGCGCAAUUAAAUGCAAAUGUGUGAAAGUGUGGCGAGCACUUGAUUUAACCAAAGAAAGAGUAAAAUCGCGGCUCAAGAGUGCGAACAAGCGCGAACAGAAGUCGAAAUAACAGUGCAAGUGCGUGAUUGUUGGUGCCAGCUAAGCCAAAUAGAUAAAUAAUUAAUAUUAGAUCGGAGUCGGAGCGACUAACCUCACAUUGCAUAAAACACGCACUAAAACGUAAAUUACUUAAAAAUACAUUAAAAAUGUUCCACCCAGUGCAGCUGCAUCUGUAGUGGACGCCAGGAUAGCACGGAUAAGGAUUCCCAGUUCUCCUUGGCCAGCAAAAACAAGGACACUUCUCAGCAAGUUAUAAAAACACACAGGAGGACCAUAGAAGGCAGCCACCAUGAGUCGACUAAGGGCGGCUUCCGAGCUGGCGGUGCUCCUGGUGAUCCUGCAACUCAUCCACUGGCCUGGCAGUGAGGCAGUCUUCGGCAGGGACGCGUGCAACGAGAUCAGCAUCAAGGGUGCGUGCCAAUGCUCACCCAUCAUGUCGGAGUACGAGAUCGUCUGCCCGGCGUACUCGGAGAAUCCCACCUUCAGACUGACCAUCCAGCCCAACGACUAUGUGCAGAUCAUGUGCAACCAGACGGACAGCAAUGACUACCGGCAGCUGCCGGCGAAAGUGAGGAUCGGCGAAGUGGACAGGGUGCAGAUGAGGAGGUGUAUGCUGCCCGGCCACGCGCCAGUGGCCAGCAUUCUGGAUUACCUGGGCAUUGUGUCGCCCAAAACGCUGAUCUUCGAGAGCGACAACCUGGGCAUGAACAUCACUCGCCAGCACUUGGAUCGCUUGUACAGUCUCAAGCGCUUCCGGUUCACCACCCGUCGUCUGAACCAUGUGCCAGCCAACCUGCUGACCAACAUGAGGAAUCUAAGCCACCUGGAACUGUGUGCCAACAUUGAGGAGAUGCCAUCGCACAUGUUUGACGGCCUGGAGAACCUGGAGUUCAUCGAAUUCGGUGGCAAUAAGCUGAGGCAAAUGCCGCGCGGCAUUUUCAGCAAGAUGCCCAAGCUGAAGCACCUGAAUUUGUGGAGCAACGAGCUGCACAACCUCACCAAGCACGAUUUCGAAGGUGCCACCUCGGUGGUGGGCAUAGACAUCCAUGGCAAUGGUAUCGAGCAGCUGCCGCACGACGUCUUUGCCUACCUCACGAAUCUCACGGAUAUCAAUCUGAGCGCCAACGUCUUCCGCUCCCUGCCGGAGGGUCUUUUCGAGCACAACAAGCACCUGGUCGAGGUGCGUCUGAUGAACAACCGUGUGAAACUUGACACUCUGCCCUCGCGGCUGUUUGCCAACCAGCCGGAGCUGAAGAUCCUACGGCUGAGAGCCGACCUGGAAACGCUGCCGGGGGAUCUCUUCGAGUUUUCCACACAGAUCACGAACAUCUCGCUGGAGGACAACCUGCUGAGCACACUGCCCGCCACUUUGCUGGAGCAUCAGGUGAAUCUCCUGAGCUUGGACUUGAGCAACAACAGGCUGACCCACUUGCCGGAUUCGCUUUUUGAAAGCACCACAAAUCUGGAGGAUCUGCGUCUGGAAAACAACUUUCUCACCGACAUAAGCAGCGAUUUAUUCAGCAGACUGGGCAAGCUGGUGACCCUGACCAUGAGCAAAAAUCGACUGCGAACCAUCCACUCCGGCGCUUUUGAUGGCACUAAAGGACUGCUCCACCUGCAUUUAGACCACAACGAUAUUGACCUGCAGCAACCUCUGUUUGGCGCGGAGCUUCAGAGAGAGCUAAGCUCACCGUUUUCUCUAAUGUCCAAUCUGGUGACCCUAAACCUGCGCAACAACUCGAUCAUGUUCGUCUACGGAGACUGGGUCACAGCGCUGAAAAACUUGAGGGAACUGGACUUGAGUUACAACAAGAUUAACUCGCUGGGCUAUGAGGAUCUGCAAUUCCUUUCCAAUAACAGGUUGCACGUCAACCUAACGCACAACAAGAUACGCUAUAUCUCGCUGCACAAGGAGUAUCCAGUGGAUCCCAAGCAUCCGGUUCACAUAGACCUCAAUGAUAAUCCGCUGGAGUGCACCUGCACGCUCCUCUGGUUCGUCCAGCUGAUCAAGGGCGUCCACAGGCCGCAAUAUGCCAAGCAUUUGAGCCUUCAGGCAGACCGACUCAACUGCAGUAUGCCGAGCAAUUUGAAGGACACUCCCGUGCGGCACUUGGACCCCAAGCUGCUGCUCUGUCCGCUGGACCAAACCGAGGAUCCGCAGCAGCGGAAGUGUCCACUUGGCUGCGAGUGCAUGGUGCGUACCUACGACAAUGCCCUGGUAAUAAAGAGCACUAGUGGCAACCUGACUCGUGUUCCCCGCCUGCCUGAGCUGCCCCAGAACCUGCACCUCAUGGAACUGCACUUGGAGAACAACACCUUGCUCCGGCUGCCAUCUGCCCAGACACCCGGCUAUGCGAACGUGACCAGUCUGCAUCUGGCUGGCAAUAACCUCACGCACCUCGAUGUGGAGCAACUGCCGCCGCAUCUCACGCACCUGGAUGUCAGCUGGAACCAUCUGCAGAGUCUGAAUGCCAGCGUUUUGGCCUUCCUGAAUCGCACCAUGAAGUGGCGCUCGAUGAAGCUGUCGGGGAAUCCCUGGAUGUGCGACUGCGAUGCCAAGCCACUGCUGCUCUUCACCCAGGACAAUUUCGAGAGGAUCGAGGAUCGCAAUGAGAUGAUGUGCAUGGACGCCGAGGUACCCACGCGGAUGGUGGAGCUGUCGACGAAUGACAUUUGUCCCGGCGAGAAGGGCGUCUACAUCGCGCUGGCGGUGGUGAUUGCUUUGACUGGCCUGCUGGCCGGUUUCACGGCAGCCCUGUACUACAAAUACCAGACGGAGAUCAAGAUCUGGCUGUAUGCCCACAACAUGCUGCUGUGGCUGGUCACCGAGGAGGAGCUGGACAAGGACAAGAAGUUCGACGCCUUCAUCUCGUACUCGCACAAGGACCAGAGCUUCAUCGAGGACUAUUUGGUGCCGCAGCUGGAGCACGGCCCCCAGAAGUUCCAGCUCUGCGUCCACGAGCGCGACUGGCUGGUCGGUGGUCAUAUUCCAGAGAACAUCAUGCGCUCUGUGGCGGAUUCGAGGCGUACCAUCAUUGUGCUCAGCCAGAACUUCAUCAAGUCGGAGUGGGCACGCCUGGAGUUCAGGGCAGCUCAUCGAUCAGCACUAAACGAGGGACGCUCCCGCAUCAUAGUGAUCAUCUACUCGGACAUCGGGGAUGUGGAGAAGCUGGACGAGGAGCUGAAGGCCUACCUCAAGAUGAACACCUAUCUGAAGUGGGGCGAUCCGUGGUUCUGGGAUAAGCUGCGAUUCGCCCUGCCCCAUCGCCGGCCCAUGGGAAACAUUGGCAACGGAGCGCUGAUCAAGACGGCGCUGAAAGGUUCCACGGACGACAAGCUGGAGCUGAUCAAGCCGUCGCCGGUGACGCCGCCGCUGACCACGCCGCCGGCGGAGGCCACCAAGAAUCCGCUGGUGGCGCAGCUGAACGGGGUCACGCCGCAUCCGGCCAUCAUGAUUGCCAACGGCAAGAACGGACUGACGAAUCUGUACACACCCAAUGGCAAGUCGCACGUGAAUGGCCACAUCAACGGCGCCUUCAUCAUCAACACGAAUGCCAAGCAGAGCGACGUAUAGGACUGGGAGAAGGCGGAGCUGUUCCAGUUCGAUCCCGACGAUGAGCUAUUGUUCCGUUGAGAGGAGAAGCCUCCCCGAACCACUGCCACUGCGAUGGUGAGGCGGUAGAAGCACCCAGCUGAAUGUAAAAAGUCUAGAGAAUAUUAUCGAUUUCUGCGUGUUUUUGGUCAAGUCGUCGUCCUCGCCGCCCCCUCCUAGGUUUAAUUAUCUUGCGCUUGUAGGAGCUCCGGGAAAAGUUAAUGAAAAUUUCAAAUUUCCAAUAUUUCAUGUGGCCUUUGUUAAAGAAAAAUGAAAAACAAAAAAUAUAUUAGUUUGAGGAGGGAACGAAAGAAGGAGGGACAAGCUAGUUUUACCACAUCACUCUGUUUUAAGUGUUAUAUGUAAGCUUAACCUAGAAACCCUGUGCAGACUCUUGUAGACAUACAAAUCUCAUUUAUUUAGUAAUUAUUUGUACAUUAGGAUUACCCGAAGCUGCCGCAUGCAAAACUGAGAAUAGCUCGUAGUAACUUUUUGAAUUGACCACUUUUGUUUACCAUGUAUUUUACUUUUGAACAGAAUCUCAAGCGAACGAAGGAAUCUGAGUUUUGAACAAACAGAGCUUUAUUUCGAACUACCUACUUAUUAUUUGCUAGAACGCAGCCUACCACUAAGUAAACCCCUUGCAAUACACCUAUGACGUAUCCAAAUAGUAGCAUAGACUCUGUAAUUGUGAACUAACAUAGCAAAAGCAGCCGAAAUGGAAAUACAAAUUGCCUUCUUUGUAUGUAUGUAUGUAUGCUAGAUAUGUAUAGCCUAAGGACCCAUAAUAUUCGAAUAAAAUACACAUAAAAACACCCCCACUCUGUACAUAAGCUGGCUAAGAAUUUCUGUACUUUCUCCAAAAACGUAUCGCACCAGAUUUCCUACUCACAAACAACUAUCACGAAUAUCAAUUGUAAUCUCACGCCCAUUUAAACGACGCUAUAUAAAUAAGUACAUACCGAGUACAUACCCAUUAUCACGUCAUCUACCAGACAAUUAGGAUAGCCCUUCAUUCACACGAAGAAAGAAUAUCGUCUACGAUACGUAAAUGUAAUUAAGCUAACGUAUGUGUAUAUCGUCUAAGCUAUAGAUUGUCUCUGAUAUGUAAUGCCUAAGGUACCUACAAAUUUAUGCAGACACACUCAUCUACCCUGUAAUGCAUACGAGUAAAUUAAAUCUAAUUGUAUAUGGAAAACACAUACAACGCAAAUAAAAUAUAUUUUAAAAAUGUA